GAUCAUUCCGUAUUUCAAUUGCCGUGGGUUUGUUGGGUUGCAUGAGUAUUGAGUUUUUCAUACUUAAGUCAUCUUUUGCUGCAUUAAAAAUAACAAAAUAACUGCCAAAGGCAAUAAUUUAAUAUCCUCUGUUUUGUAGUGUACACGUUGGCUCCGUUGUCGCUUCGUAACUUGAUCUGUGAUCCCAACUGCUGUAGUAAACCUCAACGAAAUUUCUAGUCACCGGCAAGUCUUAAAUGUUUUUAGUUCUUCCUUCAGUUAUUAUUGUUUCAAGGAAUAACGUUUUUACAAUUAAUGAUUGAUUUUUGUAGUGAUUCAUGUUCAAGUGACAUUUCAGUCAACUUAAUCUAAGCUCUUCAACGUAUUAUACUGAAAAAGUGUUUUGCAAACUAGGAUGACUUUGAUAGCGCGCUAGAAAAGUUCCAAAACGUAUGCAAGGAUAAUUUUAUCCCUUCUCAGACUACCCAUACUCAUUAUAUUCACACACAUGGAUGUCAGAUUCAAAUACCUUUUCGUGACAUUUCACUGCACGUUCGGUCAUUAGCGUAAAUCAGAAAUUUUGACAAUGAAUCAAAAACCUUGAGAACCUUAACUAAUAUGUGACGUUCAAGGCCUAAGUUUCUUAACUGCCAAUUGAAGUGCCGCGUAAGAUUGGAAGCGAAAGGGUUUGUCAUGAAAUCAUACAAGAUGAUGCACAAUCAUCCCUGUAGUAGUUCGUGGACGGUUUUUGACCUAUGGACCAGAAGAAUGUCGUCCGAAGAAAGAGAAAAAUUGAAGCCAGUCAUAUUGCAGUCUCAGUCAACAGGUAAAUUAGCAGAAAUGAUCAAAAAUAGGACUGUUAAGGUCACCGCUGCCAAUGUGAAGACUAUGAAAGCUAAACACAGCAGGUGGUGGAUAUGUUGCGACAGAAUGGUGAAGUGAGAGAAUAUUAUGAAAACAGAUAUGUGACAGAUAUCUGCUCCAGCACUCAUGAGCAGAUAUAGUUGUACAAUAAAUAUACAGAAGUUGCUGUAAGGUGCUGUACGUAUGAUGCUCUAAGGCGCGUACUUCCGUUAUUCAACAUGAUAACUCCAUUUGCACGAACACAACUGAGAAAUAUGAUGAACGUUUCGCGAUUGAAGUUGAAACAAACGUCAACAAUUAUUUUUUAGGAAUUAUCGAUAAAACUUUUGAACAUGUUUUUCCGAAUCAGCAUUAUUGAUGAUUUAAUAAACUUGUGUAUAAUUUUUAUUUUCCUCUUCAUACUUUCAUAGGGAGGUAUACCAGUAAUGUUAA